CGCAGUCUUGUCACAGUCUUGCAAUAAUGUUUCGUAGCGGUUUUGCAUUGCUUCUUACUGUAUUGUGUGCUCUCAGUCAUGGACAUAGCCCAGGCUGUGAGAAACCGACGUCUUUCUACAUCCCAAUCAUGAAGCUAAAUUGGAUCGGAGCUGUACAAUAUUGCAAUCGAAUCGGUAUGCGGCUGGCAGUGGUUAAUAGUGAGUCGAAGAACCUUGCAGUUCUUGAGGCAAUCCAUGCAGCCAACGAAGACGGCAUCGAUCUAUCUAACGCGUGGAUAGGAGCGAGCGAUAUUUCCAAAGAAGGUACCUUCGUAUGGCUUGCUACGGGCCGGCCUGUCAACUAUACCAAUUGGUCGGAAAAUAAUCCGAACAACGAUGAGGGAACAGAAAAUUGCGUGGAAAUCGCCUAUCAACCUUACACGCAGUUUAAAUGGCGCUGGAACGAUAACAAAUGCGAUGCUGUUAACAAUUUUGUUUGUGAGUCCAAUUUUUGAAAUGAUAUGAAUCAAAAGUACUAGAAUGAAAUUGCUGUAAGCUACGGGAUCAAUGUGAGUUUAAUUAAAAUUUUAAUUCAAGA